CCCUUCGCGCGUGAGGCUGCGGCGUGGAAGCCCCACAGGCUCCUCUGACUUCCACCUUCCUUGGAAACCUCAAGGGAUCACGCGAUGGCAGCAGCCAGGCUCUUACCACCACCAGCAGGACCCCAAGCCAAGGUGACCUUUGAGGAUGUGGCUGUGCUCCUCUCCCAGGAGGAGUGGGACCGCCUGGGCCCUGCUCAGCGGGGCCUCUACCGACACGUGAUGAUGGAGACUUAUGGCAACGUGGUGUCACUGGGACUUCCAGGAUCAAAGCCCAACGUGAUCUGUCAGCUGGAGCGAGGAGAAGAGCCAUGGGUCCUGGAGGGGCAAGGGGCUAAGGAGACUGGGGGCUUGGGCAUUGGCCAUUCAGAUAACUCCAAACGUGACCACAUGGCAGCUUGUAGGCAGCAAGACAGUUCACCCUGUCCAUGGGAAUACGAAAACAAGGGAGAGAACCAAAAUAGGGACGUGAGUCGGAAGCCAUUUAUUUCAGAGGAAAUAUCGGUGAUCCUGGGGAAAGCACCCAAAGGAUGGAUUGAUCAAAAAAGUUAUGAACCUGAGCAGAGUUUCUGUGUGAGUCCAAGCCCUGUUGGCCCACCUGAAGUUCAGGUCUUGAGCCAGAGUGUGCCUCUCUCUCAGAAUCAGGCUGUUCCUAGUGGGGAGAGACCCUACAAGUGCACCGAGUGUGGGAAAUGCUUUGGUCGGAGCUCCCAUCUCCUCCAGCAUCAGAGAACACACACUGGAGAGAAGCCCUAUGUGUGUGGUGUGUGUGGGAAGGCCUUCAGCCAGAGCUCUGUCCUCAGUAAACAUAGGAGAAUCCACACCGGCGAGAAGCCCUACGAGUGUAACGAAUGUGGAAAGGCCUUUCGAGUGAGCUCAGAUCUUGCUCAGCAUCACAAGAUACACACGGGAGAGAAGCCACAUGAGUGUCUUGAGUGUCGGAAGUCAUUCACUCAGCUCUCGCAUCUUAUUCAGCACCAGCGGAUCCACACGGGAGAAAGACCCUACGUGUGCCCACUGUGCGGGAAGGCGUUCAACCACAGCACCGUCCUGCGCAGCCACCAGCGGGUGCACACCGGGGAGAAGCCACACGAGUGCGCACAGUGCGGCCGUGCCUUCAGCGUGAAGAGGACGCUCCUCCAGCACCAGCGGGUGCACACCGGGGAGAAGCCCUACACCUGCAGUGAGUGCGGCCGGGCCUUCAGCGACCGCUCCGUCCUCAUCCAGCACCACAACGUGCACACUGGGGAGAAGCCCUAUGAGUGCGGCGAGUGUGGGAAGGCCUUCAGCCACCGCUCCACACUGAUGAACCACGAGCGCAUCCACACAGAGGAGAAGCCCUACGGGUGCUAUGCGUGCGGGAAGGCCUUCGUGCAGCACUCUCACCUGACCCAGCACCAGCGGGUGCACACCGGGGAGAAGCCCUACGUGUGCGGUGAGUGUGGACACGCCUUCAGCGCCCGCAGGUCUCUGGUCCAGCACGAGAGGAUCCACACAGGCGAGAGGCCCUUCCGCUGUGCACAGUGUGGCAAGGCCUUCAGCCUAAAAGCAACACUGAUCGUGCACCUGCGGACCCACACUGGGGAGCGGCCCUACGAGUGCAGCCGCUGCGGCAAGGCCUUCAGCCAGUACUCUGUGCUCAUCCAGCACCAGAGGAUCCACACGGGCGAGAGGCCCUACGAGUGCGGGGAGUGCGGGCGCGCCUUCAACCAGCACGGUCACCUGAUCCAGCACCAGAAGGUGCACAGGAAGCUGUGA